CUUGACUUUUAGCACAGCACUAGGUAUUUACAUUUUUGAAUGAAAUUCAUGAUUAUGAAAAAGUGAUUAAUUAAAGCACUUGGAAAUGGCAGAGACGAAGGAAAGUGCACCAGACUUUACAAAAGUCAGCGAUGAAAACAUUAAAAACUUUAAUAGAGAUGAACAAAAAAAGGAAGAUAAGAAAUGGGGCUAUGACUUAUAUCCUGAGAGAAGGAAUGAAACGUACAAAACAACCUUGAAGAAUAUCUUUAUGGGAAAGGAAGGAACUGAAAACAUAGAUAAAUUCAAAUGUGAACAGAAUGUAUGGAAAUGCAUAAAUAAAUCGCCAAUGGUUAAAUUAAUGAUGGGUGCACUAAAGUCCUCUGGAUGUGCUAUUGAUAUCAGAAGGCAUAUUUCAUGUGAAGCAUGCGACUAUUCAGUCUCUGGUGGCUACGAUCCUAUGCUUAAUCAAAUUGUCGUUUGUCAGAAUGUAGCUAAAAAUGAAGGAUUAGUUCAAGGCGUACUUACUCAUGAAAUGAUUCACAUGUUUGAUUAUUGUAAUAAUGACUUGGACUUUAAGAACAUUGAUCAUCUAGCAUGUACGGAAAUUAGAGCUGCAAACUUGACACAUUGUUCCUUCAUGUCAGCCAUGAUUCAAGGCGAUGCUUCAAUCUUUAGAAUAAAAAAGGCACAUCAAAACUGUGUGAAAACGAAGGCUUUGUGCUCUGUGUUAGCUGUUCGAAAGGUUACUGCUGAGGAAGCACUAGCUGCUAUUGAUCGAGUAUUUCCAAAAUGCUACAACGAUUUAGAACCGAUUGGAAGAAGAAUUCGUAGAAAUUCCACAGACAUGCAUCGAGCCUACUUAGAAGCGCCUUAUUAUGGAUACGAUGUAUGAGUUUCAUGCCAUAAAGUUACCAUAGCACAUAAAGUAGACUCAGUAAAGUUUAUAUACAUUAAUCAACGUGGAGA